GGACGACCGUUUCGAUCGACACAACGAAACGUCAACAAACCAGAUCAAAAAGGGUGCAUGAACCGUGCCUGAAUCGGUCAUGGUCGCCGACUUGAAUUUGGAGCGCCAUGGUGCGGAACGAAUGAUUGCACGACAUGAUCGCUAUAUGACCGACUUGAUUGCUGCUUUUGGAACGUCGAAGUUGUCGAUCGAAUCCUUCCCACAAGCUGCAGAUGUUCCAUUGUACACCGUCGCCUACACGAUUAGAAGUGUAUGCUGACACGUUGUCACGCAGGGCGUAUGCAUCAUGCGGCCGUAUGGUCGAAGCAUUGUAUCUCCAGGCGCACUUGGUGGACACGACAUCGACCAAGACUCCCGCGUACGUGCAGACGUUGCUCAUAUCCGUGACAUUGCUAGUGCUCAACUUGAAUUUUCGAGACGCGUGCGCUGUCCUCGUGCCCAUUCUGAACCGACUGCCACCGCCGCUCACACGCAAUGACGGGCUGUUUUUUAUGGCCUACAUAAACGCACGCCAAGGAACUCAAAAACACGCCGCAUUGCUGUGGCUCAAGUGUUUUGGACCAACGUGGCCCGAUCAUGUGAACCAGCCGCACGUGUGGAACGAUUGCGGUCGCAGAUGGUUCGCUGCCGGGCUAUGGGACAUUGCCGCUUGGAUGUUCGGAGAGGGCAUGCCAUCGCGUUACUCAGCCUUGCACGUUGUGCCGAUGCCCGUGCCGGCUCCGAAUAGCACCAUUGUCGAACUCUUCGUUCGAGCUGUGUCGUACAGCACACAACCAAACGUGGUCCAUAUCGACGACCUUUUGACCAUGGCCAUGUCGUGCACCGAAACCAAGUACAACGCUGGGAUCCGAUCUCUGUGCGUUGCAUUCGAGCGCCACGACAUCACCGACACCUUUCCGCUCCAGGACACCGCGACCCGCACAAUCGUUCGUGCAUGUCGAACGAUUGUGACGUGGCGGCACCACCGAGCAGUAUAUUGGAUGACUGUCGGAGCUCAUGCUUUUCAAUCGUACAAGCGACCACGUCGGGUGAAGAAGGCUCGGGCCAAACAAGCAAUUGUCAAAGUCGCUCACAUUCCGCCCAAUAUUCCCCCACCAGUGCGGGUAGCUCCCCAAGUAGUCGCAAGCUCGCCCGUUGUGGACCCUCCCCCGGAGGACUUGCUGGCAGUGUAUGGAGGAACUGCGUGUGACCAGGGCGACUUUGAAUCGCGACUACGGUUCAUUUUGCACCGAGCCAAGGUGAUUGCCGACACAUCUGCGUCGACGACGGCCUUGACACUUGAUAGAGUCACGCCCCAGUGGCUCAAGCAGUUGCAUGCCGUCAGGGACAUGGUGCGGCGCGACGUGUACAUGACGCAGUGGAAAGCGGGCGUGCUGCGGAACUUGCGUGCUGCGGUGGCACGGAUGGAAGGGGCGAACGGACCCACGGGCUGUUCGCGGUACGGCCACGCGUUGGUCCAAGACAUUGAGCUGUGCCGCGUGCACAACAUUCAAACGAGGAUGGAUCAUCUCCUGCACCUCGCCACAUCAGAAGAGGCGACGCGCAACCUGGCGUACUUUCACCUUCUCCACCAAGACAAACCAGCGACGACAACGUGAUGAGAGUGCGUCAGGAAUACAGUUGUUACUGCAUGUCCAGGAUUUUCAAAUUUCGCAAUUGCAUUCUCGCCCACUGUCGGGAGCGGACGGGGUCGCCACGACGCGAAAAGUCGU